GGAAGCAGCGGGGCGGCGGCGGCGGCGGCGGCAUGUUCACGGCGGGGGCGGAGAGUCUGCUCCACCAGGCCAGGGAGAUCCAGGAUGAGGAGCUGCAGAAGUUUUGUUCCCGGGUUGUUAAGCUGCUGCAGAAGGACGAGCCGGGGCCCGAUGCGGUGGACGCCCUGCAGAGGCUCUUCCUCAUCGUCUCAGCCACGAAAUACAAGAGGAAGCUGGAGAAGACGUGCGUGGACCUGCUGCAGACCACCCUCUGCUCGCCCAAGUGUCCCGAGCAGCUCCAGUUCCUUUGUGCCGCCAUCCUGAGAGAGAGGUCGCCUGCUGAUAGCCUGAGCCUGUCCUGGGACCACGUCCAGAGCAGCCAGCAGCUGAGCCUGGUGGCCUCUGUGCUCUUGGCCCAGGGUGACAAAAAGGAGGAGGUCCGAAGCGUGGGCCAGCACGCCUUCAGAGUCCUCGAGAGCCGGCAGCCCGAGGGGCCCAGUCUGAGACACCUGCUCCCGGUCUUGUCCAAGGUCACGCACCUGGCCCCGCACACCCUCCAUGAAGACCAGACCAACCUGCUCAGCAAGAGGCUGGUGGAGUGGCUUCGCUACGCGAGCGUCCAGCAAGGGGUCGCACACACUUCCGGAGGCUUCUUCUCCACACCCAGAGCCCGGCAGCCGGGCCCUGUCACCGAGGUGGAUGGGGCGGUGGCCACAGAUUUCUUCACGGUGCUGUCCACGGGCCAGCACUUCACGGAGGACCAGUGGCUGAACGUGCAGGCCUUCUCCAUGCUGCGGGCAUGGCUGGUGCACAGCGGCCCCCAGGGCCCCAGCGCCCCGGACGCAGACGACAAGUCGGAGCUGGAGGGCUCCACCCUGUCCGUGCUAUCGGCCACCUCCACCGCCAGCCACCUGCUGCCCCCCCGGGAGCGGCUGAGGGAGAAGGCCUUCGAGUACUGUCAGCGCCUCGUGGAGCAGAGCACGCGACGAGCCCUGAGAAAGGGGGACGCGGACCUGCAGAAAGCCUGCCUGGUGGAGGCCGUGCUGGUGCUGGACACACUCUGCCGGCAGGACCCAUCCUUCCUGUACCGCACGCUGUCCUGCCUGAAGGCCCUGCAUGUGCGGCUGUGUGGGGACCCGGCCCGGGCGCGGGCGCUCUUGCCCAUCGCGCAGUUCUUCCUGAGCCACGGGGAGGCGGCCGCCGUGGACUCGGAAGCCAUCCUGCAGCACCUGUUCACCAGGGUCCCCUGCGAGCUCUUCCACAGCCCCAUGCUGGCCUUCGAGUUCGUCCGCUUCUGCGGGGACAGCCUUCCCCUGUUCGGCAGGAACCUUGACAUUCUCAAGCGGAGCUUCCCCAACCUCUUCAAGCUCCUGGCCUGGAACAGCCCGCCCCUCACCUCGGAGUUCGUGGCGCUCCUCCCGUGGCUGGUGGACGCCGGCACGGCCGUGGAGAUGCUCCACGCGCUGCUGGACCUGCCCUGUCUGACUGCGGCCUUGGAUUUGCAGCUCAGGCUGUCACCGGCUGCGUCUGAGAGGCCACUGUGGGACACCUCCCUCAGGAACCCCAGCUGCUUGGAGGCCUCCCGAGACCCAGAGUUCCAGGCUCUUCUCCAGCACCUGUUGCGGGCUAAGGCCAGCGGAACCGUGCAGAGGUUGGCACCACUCCACCAGCUGCUGCAGCCCAUGACCAGCUGCGCCCGCGUGGUCCAGUGCGCCGAGGCCGUGCCCACCCUGCUCCAGGCGUUCUUCUCCGCGGUGACCCAGUUUGCCGACGGGGCCCUGACCAACCAGCUGGUGCUGGUGCUCCUGGAGAGAAGGGACUCCCUUUACCAGGUGCCCCAGUACGAGGCCCGUGUGCACAGGGUGCUGAGCUCACAGCUCCUGGCCCUGUGCGCGCUGCACCCGUCGCUGGUGGUCGACCUGGCGAAAGAGCUGCUGGGGUUCGUGGGGAGCGUGAGCAGCGUCCACAGCAGAGGGGCCCUGCUCGCCGCCGUGGCCUGGGCCGUCGGUGAGUACCUGUCCGUGUCCUGGGACCGGCGGUGCACCGUGGAGCAGAUCACCAGGUUCUUCGAGGCCCUGGAGGCCCUGCUGUUCGAGGUCACCCAGUCCCGCCCGUCUGCCGCCCUUCCCAAGUGCCCCCCACAGGUCAUCGCCGUGCUCAUGACCACGCUGACCAAGCUGGCCUCCCGGAGCCAAGACCUGAUUCCCAGGGUCUCUCUGUUCCUGUCAAAGAUGAGGACCCUGGCGCAGAGCCCAGCGCCGAGCCCCGUGCACGGUGAGGAGGACGCGGGAGCCAUCUGCACGCGGGCCACCGAGCUGCUGACCCUGCUCAAGAUGCCCAGCGUGGCCCAGUUUGUGCUCACGCCCAGCGCAGAGGUGUCCGAGCCCCGCUAUCACCGGGACUCCAACACAGCCCUGCCGCUGGCCCUGCGCACGGUCAGCCGCCUGGUGGAGAAGGAGGCGGGCCUCCUGCCUGGAUGAGGGACGGCGGCCGGCCGCAGAUUAAGAGCCUGGUAUUAGGGCCAAGCCGCGGCUGCCGUGACCAGAGGGCAAGUCAGGAGGGGCGCGAGGCCCGGGGAGGAGGCCUGGGUGGGUCUGGGUCCCUCCGUGCUAGGUCAGGGCUGUCCCGUCCUCAGCCUUCGGGCGUCUGGGUGUUUGUCUCUGCUGUGCUGAGCUGUGUGGUGAAACAGGAUUUGGAGCUCUCACGCUGUCGGGGGCUGGGUGGGGGCUGCUUGGUCUGUUUCUGGCUGCUCCUCGCUCGGGGGCAAGAAGAGGUGCAGCAACAAUAAACCUCUUUCAGAAAGCCCCUGUGUGCACGAGGCAGGGGAGAGGGCCGGGUAUGGGAGCGCUGCUGGGCUGGGGGGCCUGGCCCGACACCUGGGGCCGUUUCUUCCCACCGAGUCCCCACAGCGUCCCCGAUGUUACAGAAAUAACAGCACGAAUGUGGGCGAUCAGAAGGGGAGCCGCGUGACCCUCCCACCGGCGCGGCUGCCACUGGGAAGGGCCUUUGCUCGGUGUCCUCUCUUAGCCCGCCUUCUGACGCUGCUGAAUGAGCCCGCUGGGGCUCUGGGGGGCCUGCAGCCUCCCGCCCGCCCGAGGUAGAGGGCAGGGCCAAGCCGGCGGGGACCCCGACACCUGCCGCCGGAGCCUCAGCGCAAGUCCGGGGUCGCUCUGGCAUUAUGCCGAGGGGGGCAGACACGCUGGGUGUGGUGGCGCAAGAAACGUGUCGCCGUCCCCCCAGCGCCUCCGGCCCCUGUUCCCCUCCCGCCUUGGACACCUGCUCCCAAGGCUGCACCUCAGCUCCGCCGGGCGCGCACACGCGUCCGGGCCACCGGGUGGCGCUGCUGCUCCGCGAGCCCCUGCCCGGCCCGCCGGCUCCGGCCCCGCCCCUCGCCCCGCCCCCAGGCCCGGGAUCCGCGACGCCGGGCGGCUCGCACGCCGGAAGCAGCUGCGGCCGCCGAGGACGUGGGCAGGCGCCGGCUCGCGGGGGGUGUUCGCCUCGGCUCCGCCUGGCGUCCCGGCCUCAGGAGGACUCCCGAGAGACGACAGGCUGUGGGCAGAAGUGGCAGGAGCUUGAAACGUGCUGGGGAGCUGGGCUCGGCCUCUUCGCCGUUCGCCGUGGCCAAGAGAACAUCCCCGGCCGGAGGUCGGGAGGACCCUCCUGGAGCUCGGAGCCAGUGCCAGCUGUGCGGAGUGAGGGUCUCCCUUCCUGCCAGAGAGGAGGACCCUGGCCCCGAGCCCAGCCCCGAGCUCCGUGCGCUGGGAGGCGGCCCGGGAGCCAGCUGCGUGCGGCCUCUGCCGAAGACACCUGGCACGCAGGUGCCCGAGCCCCACCGUCACCGCGACCCCCAGCACGGCCAGCGGCCUGGUGGAGAAGGAGGGGAGUCUCGUGCCGGGGUGAAGGGACGGUGACCUGGGGGACGCCGGCCAAGCCGCGGCUGCCAUGA